AUGAUCAAGUCAAAUCCUAAAUUCAAGGAACCAAUAGCCAAUGUAACCGCGCCGGUGGGAAGAGAAGCUAUUCUUUCCUGCGUAGUUCAAGAUCUCGCCGGAUAUAAGGUGGCAUGGCUGCGUGUCGAUACGCAAACUAUUUUGACGAUAGCAACCCACGUGAUCACGAAGAAUCACAGGAUCGCGGUUUCCCACAGUGACCACCGAACGUGGUUUCUUCACAUACGGGAAGUACGGGAGUCCGAUCGAGGCUGGUACAUGUGUCAAAUAAACACGGAUCCCAUGAAAAGUCAGAUUGGUUAUCUCGAAGUGGUCGUGCCGCCUGAUAUUCUGGACUAUGACACCAGCACGGACAUGGUGGUGAUGGAGGGACGAAACGUGACUCUGCGUUGCGCUGCGACGGGUUCCCCGGCGCCCAACAUUACCUGGCGGCGCGAGGACGGUCAGCAAAUUCAGCUCGGGAACGGAGAGGAAGUUGCGAGCGUGGACGGCCCGAGCUUCAAUAUCACAAAAGUGAACCGACUACAUAUGGGUUCCUAUUUAUGUAUCGCAUCCAAUGGCGUACCCCCCUCUGUCAGCAAAAGAAUAAUGCUCACUGUGCAUUUUCCACCAAUGAUCUGGGUUCAGAAUCAAUUAGUCGGCGCUCAAGAAGGACAGAAGUUGACUCUGGAAUGCUAUUCAGAAGCAUUCCCGAAGUCUAUCAAUUAUUGGACCAGAGAUCAGGAUAAGAUUGUGCCUCAAGGAGGAAAAUACGAUCCAGUGCUGAAAGAUAACGCGUACAAAAUACACAUGAGGCUGACGAUAAACUCCGUCAGUCCAACGGAUUACGGGUCGUAUAAAUGUGUGUCUAGGAACUCGUUGGGCGAUACUGACGGCAGCAUUAAGGUCUAUCCAAUAUCGGGCUCCAAUUCCAGCAUCACCAAGUACAAAGGUAAAGCAAGACAUAAUUCAGGGAACAAUAAUAUCCUGGAGGGAAAUCAAGAUAUGCUAAAGGAACGAGAUUUGAAACUACGAGGUCGAAAGGAGAACGGCGGCGACGUAGCGGACUAUGAUGAAUCCAGCGCUACCAGCAACGGUAGCUCGUUGCUGCUGGUGAUUCUUGUCGCGCUGUGCCUGUACCUCCAUCAUCAUCCGCAGAUGCGAACGUUACAUCCGGCCUGA